AUGUCAAGUCCAGUGGCGACAAAACUAUCAAAAGUCAGGCAAGCAUGCGACGUCUGCCAUAAGCGAAAGAUUCGCUGUAAUGGCUGUCGGCCGUGUCACAAUUGCCAAGGUUUGGACAUAAGCUGUACUUAUUUGGCGAUACCUAAAAAGACGGGACCUAAAGGACCGCGAUAUGUUCGGAGGCCCAGACAGCGACCGGCACCAACUACAUUUUCAUCCACCAGCCCUGAGGUUAACAUCCCCAGCAUCAAGUCAAACAACACGGCAUCUGCACCAUGUCCGAAACAGUUCAUAGAGUCGCCUCAAAUGACUGACGCAGUUAUUCGAUGGUGUCUCGACGCGUACUUCAAGCAUAAAUACCCACUUACCCCAAUUCUACAUCGCCCUCACCUCGAACAAACACCAAGAUCAACAGAGCAGUAUGGCUUAAUAACCGCAUGUUGUGCUGUGAUCGCCCUAUCGCCAGAAAUACUAUCGCCUUGUCCCGUGGAGGACAAUUUCGCAAUUCCGUCUGCCGAUUUCUUAAUAGCGGAAACUCUUCGUGCAAGAGAGUAUUGCAAUCUCAUUGAACACCCAUCUUUGAUGCAUAUCCAAACGUCAUUCUUUCUUCACGCUGCAUUCUUCUCAAUAAAUAAAGAUAAUUCGGCUUGGUAUUACCUGCAGGAAGCUAUCACAAUGCUUCAGACAUUACGUUUGCACGAGGAGACUACCUACGCUGAUGAUGAUGCGGGUGACCAAAUCUUUGUCAAGUACGCUCAGCGGAUGUUUUGGGUACUCUUCAUCACUGAGAGAGCAUAUGCUUUGCAAAGAAAUCGCCCGAUCAGAUUGCAAGACACACUAAAGCUUCCAGACGUCGACCCAAUGUCGUCUGACGCAGAGAUUCUACGCGGCUUUCUUGAUCUCAUCUCCCUCUUUCGCCCAUUCGGCCAAGACUUCAUCUCGCAGUGGAACUCCCCAGCAUCAUCCACUUCGACAGACUUCGCAAACCUAUUCCGAUUGCAGUAUCUUCUCAAACAUUCGCUUCCGAACCUUUCAAAUCACUCCCAAGUCCAACAAGCAGAUCUUCUCAUAUCGCGCCAAUGGCUCAAGAUCGUUGUCUGGAAAUUGUGCGCUUCAAAGAGGGUUCUCUCAACUGCCAAUAGCGAGGAUGUGAUGUCAUUGCACUACCCAGCCAGUAUCGCACGCGACAUCGUGAUGGUAUCGCAAUUACUGCCGACUCAGGCUUUUGAGGCUAAUGGAAUCGGGAUUGUUGAGAAGGUCUUUGAUGUUGGCUGCUCGUUGGCGGAUCUGCUAUCGUUGGUACCUCUGGAAUACCAGGGCUCAACUAUCGAUGUUGGGGUUAUUGAUACACUUAUGGAGACAGUGAAAAUUGUUGGGACGAGGUUUGGGGGCAGUUAUCGGCACUUGGACAUAUUGGUUGGCAAGGCGAGCGGGUGUCUUCUAAUGAACGUGGAUCGAAGUCUUCCUCCACCAGAUGAUGACAAUCAGGACAAUAUGGAGGAGAUCUGA